UUUUCUUUCCCUUUUAUCUCAUUUCUCUUGUUUUGUUCCCUGAAAACACUCCCCCCCCAAUCAGAUACCCUUUUUUACAUAUAUAUAUAUUUAUUCAUAUAUAUAUGUAUAACCAUGUUGCCUUCAAAAAGGGAAACGGUGGACUCUACAGCAUCGUGGUUUAGUGCUGACUCAAACCUGAUGAACUAUUCUAUACCCAAGCAACCACUACAACAACAGGGCAUCGAUGAAGCUAUCACUUUCACAACAUCAAACUCACCACUUAUAAACAGAAGGAUGAGUAUAGCGGAUAACGGUAGCACAAAGAGAGAAAUCCAGAGUGGAGAUGCGGAUACUCGUACGAGGCAAUUGGAAGCACAAAUCGAAUCGCUUACAUUGCAGAACGUUAAAUUACAAAGAACCAACCGAUUGCUCAAAGUGGACACGGAUGACCUGAUCAAGCAAAAAACGGAUCCAUUGGAAAAGACGAUACAGGAAUUGACGAUAGCCAACGUUAAACUGCAACGUACAGCCAGACUUUUACAGCAAGAAGUGGACGAAAAGACAAAGGAACUCAACAAACUGAAAGAGGAUCACAUUAUAAAAAUGAAAUCCGUAGGACCUGAAUAUGAAUUCCUGGUGCAAAACAUUAAUUUACUGCAACGACAGAUUGCAGGACAGCCUAUCUGCGAGGAUACAUGUUGCUUUACCAUGCAACCCAUUGAUCAAUCCACCAUGGUGAUGACUCUGCCCUCAACCACUUCUUCGUCGGCUUCCUCUUUAUUUUCAUCCUCCUCUGAAAGAGAGGAACCAGAGAGAGACCAUCAAGACUUUACUGAAUCUCUCAGCGUGGAAGCACAGCAUAUUUGUCGACCUGUGAUACACUCAACAGUCUCUCAAGGAUCCUACGCUAGUGAAUUGGAAAAGAGAAUCAUAGGAUUACAACGAUUUAUCGAGGAUUUGGAUUUGGAAAAGGAGCAAAUACUCAAGCAGCAAUCCUAUAAAGACAAUGACAUAGAGACAUUGAAAAGGGAAUUAAGAAUCAAAGACGAAAUUGUAUCUCAGUUGGAGCAGGACUUUAUGGGCAUGGAGGAUCAGUUAGAGCAACUUCAAAAAGAAUUACAGGAGCAAUCGACGUAUUCAUCUCCACCGUCCAUCCAUCGACCGGACUCCACCGCAUCUACAGCAACUACCAUGAUAGCCUUAACGGGUAGUAGGAGCCUUUCGCCUCCCACUCAUAAAACCUACUCAUUGCUAUCACAUGCUUCACUUCCAAAUGAUCCACAACGACAAUCACAGAGAUUGAUGGAAUCAAAGCGCAAGUCAUUAGCGAUAAAGGACGUCCAUUUACUAGAAGAAAUGCUGAAAGACGACUUGCAGGAGUUUGAUGGCGGACGGCCCUCUUCCUUCGAUUCACAGAACCAGAGAAUAAGUUUUGUAUCAGCAGCAGAAUCUUUUACCCUAUCAAAAGACAUAGUAGAUGACAGUACGCACGAACAGUACACGCCGCAAGAAGCCACCCGUCGCCAAAGUGCAGGUACAGAGAUGGAGAUGUACUUCAUGGCCAAAGAGGAUCACCGUGGUCACAGUGCGGGUCACAGUUUGAAAAGAAAAGCAAAGAGCCAUUGGAUGCGUAUAUCCAAUUUACAUGUUUAGCCAUCGUCAUGGGGUUAAUCUCUUCAGUAGGAGUCACAGAGGAUUGGACUGUGCCGUUUGCUCUUGCUAUGAUCGUUUCUACACCGUUAUGUUACUCAUCGAGUAGUAAAACAUCAGAAGCAACAGCAUAAAAACCUUCAGAAACAAAAAGGGGUAGCCAGAAAAGACCCAACCUAUCCAGCCAACGUUUCUUGCAUCAUACCAACCACUACAGUCUACAGGAUUAGGCGCUUUCGUCAUACACGUUGAUAUACCUAUAUACCUUUUUUUUUUUUUUUUU